GACAGACGGCGAGUUGGACUGCCGGAGCGACUGAGGGGAAUCCAGCGUGGACAACCGCCGCACCGCACACUCCAAACAAGAACUGUUGUCUUUACUUUCCAGAGAGAGAGAGAGAGAGAGAGAGAGAGAGAAAAAAGAAAAAAAAAAAAAAACCAAGACAGAGAGAGUGAGAGAGCAGAGAGAAGGAAAGAAGCAGAGUCAUCGUGGAUCACGUUCAGGGGAAUAUUCCUGUCUGCUCCCUCUCUCCUCCUUUCUCGGCCGAGUCCUCCCUCUCCUCUCACAUCUCGAUGCUUUGCUUUGGGAUUUGUCCCCCAAAUCCAUCGCCCGCCUCUCUCGUCGGUCUCUCUCCCCGCGCGCCGCUGCUUGACUUUUCCAGAACUUUAAAGCCUAAAAAACCGAGACAGACGUUCGGAUCAGGAUCGAACUCGGACUAAAAGCCGAAACAGAGCAAAAGCAAGCAAAUUUUAAAAAAAAAAAAAAAAAAGAGAGAGAGAAAAGAAAGCCAGACCAAUCCCAGCAUCCGUUUCUGGGAUGAAUUUAGGCGAGCCUAAUUUCCCUCGGGAGUCCGGGAGUCUUCUGCGUCCGGGCCGGGUGUCCCUCGGGGGCCCGUGGGCGUCCAGGACCCCGAGUCCCGCCUCCGACUCCGACAUGGGCUUCGAGCAGAGCCUCUCCGGGGACUGCAGCUCCCCGGACGGCCUCGGCAUGGGACCCGGCUCGGCGAGGAGAGCCGACCCGAGGAUUUCUCUGGGCUCCGGGUCGAGGACGCAGAGCCCGGACGCCGGCCGAGCGGCAGGCGUGCAGGGAGGCCCUGCCGACGGGAAAGCAGGAGGGGGCGAGCCCAGGAUCCGCAGGCCCAUGAACGCCUUCAUGGUGUGGGCCAAAGACGAGAGGAAGCGCCUGGCCCUGCAAAACCCCGACCUGCACAACGCCGUGCUCAGCAAGAUGCUCGGCCAGUCAUGGAAGGCCCUGAGCGCCACAGACAAGCGUCCAUUUGUGGAGGAAGCAGAACGUCUGCGUGUCCAGCAUCUCCAGGAUCACCCCAACUACAAGUACCGCCCACGCCGCAAAAAGACCACCAAAAAGCUCAAACGUGUUGAACCAGGGCUCCUGCUCCACAGCCUGGCCCAGAGCGGCACACCUGGCCUUGGGUUGGGGCCGGGGGUCAGCCCUUUGGGUGCUGAAAGCCUUUCUGGUGGGUCCGCUUAUGGACCUCCUGGUGCCCACCCUCCACACCACCAUCACCCCCACCACCUGCUGCCAUCCCUGGGGCACUUCAGGGACCUCCAGCACCCGGGGCAUCCCGAGAUGGAGAGUUAUGGCCUGCCGACGCCAGAAAUGUCCCCUCUGGAUGUUUUGGAUGAUGGCAGCGGGGAGUCUGUGUUUUUUCCCCCACAUAUGCAAGAAGAGGCAGGGAUGGGGGGCUGGAAUGGGUACCACCACCUGCACCAUCACAACCAGCAUUACAGCCACCACAGCAGUCAUCAUUACAACAACCACAGUCACCAUAACUCCCUACACAGUACAGGAGCACACAGUCAGGGUUCAGCGAUGAGCAUCGGUGCCAGUUUAAGUCCCAGUAUCAGUUCCAGUUUGAGUCCAGGUGGCAGCUCCGGCAUCGACUCCAGGAUGGGCUCGAGCAUGAGCUCCACCGGCCCCGGCGCGACGAGCUCGGUCGACUCCAGGAUGAAUUCCACUCAUGCUUGCAGCGUCACUUCCAGCCACCACGUCGCCUUGAGGAGUCCUGGAAAGUGCCCACCUCAUCUUCCCAAUUCCUGUUCUCCUGCAACCUACGCGCCGCCGUCCAUCAGCCUCUCCGAGCCGAUCAAACCCCACCAAACACCCCUGAGCGGCGGCGCUCCUGUCAGCUACUUCAGCCAAAUGUAUGGAAGCGGCGUCCAUAACCCUGCACACUUCACCCCGUCCCACCUGGGGCAGCUGUCACCUCCCCCUGAAACCUCCUCCUCCAUCGCGCCCUCAUCCCUCCUUCCUCCCACGCACUUAGACCCUUCUGAUCCCGAGUCCUCUGGCCACUUGGGCCCCUCUGCUGAGUUUUGGUCCGAGGUGGACAGGCACGAAUUUGACCAGUACCUAAGUGUCGGCAGGACCCGAGGCGAGGCCUAUGGACUUGCUGAAGGCUGUGGAACCGUGUCCAAAGUUCUAGGUGGGCGCUCCAGCGGUGGUAGUGGUGGUCUUAAUGGUGGUGUUGCCAGUAUUGUCAAUAGAGAUGUAAGUAGCAUUAUUAGCAAUAGUGGUGGGUGUGAAGAGGGGAGCAGCCCACUUAUAUCUGCUCUUUCUGACGCCAGCAGUGCUGUCUAUUAUAGUGCCUGUAUCACUGGAUAAAUACCUUCAUCUCAUCUCUUGAAGCACCGCGUAGAACUGCACAGUUUGUUUUAGCCCAUGUUAACAACAGAAGGAUGGUGGAGAGAGUGUUUGGGAAGCGUUGUUUUGGAUCUUAGUUUUAGUCGAGUCAAUAAUCUGGCUAUCUUAGGUUUCAAAGACUCCCAUUCUAAUUUAUGAUCCUGCCCUUUGCUGUUUAACAGUGAAAAAAGACGACCUACAUGCAAACCAGAAUUUUAGCUUCACUAACAGCUACCCCUCGUCUUGUGGUUCUUUGCCCUUUGUUCUGCCCCCAAGAAAUGUUUGUAGAAUUAAAACUCUAAACUGCAACCUGCAGGAUUCAACUGUUAAUCGAGUCAAGCCUUGUUCUGAAUCUUGAAUCGAUCUAAAACUGAAAGAAAUCUGUUAAUGUGGUGAACCAGAUGCAGCUGAUACUUUCAUGGCUGUCAAGUUGGCCUGGUGGCUACACUUACUGGUGGCUAUAUAUAUGUUAUAGGUUGUAGUUUCAAUCUCUGCAGUGCCUUUGAGCAAAACGCUGAACCCCUUUACCCCUGCACUCUGAACCCUCUAGUGACAGGCAAUCAUGUUUCGGAAGGAUUAUGCUUGUGAAAUAAAUCUCUUAAUUGCACAACCACCACAAAUCUCCACUCCAAAACAUCAUCUCAUAUCAUUUUUGACAUUUCGUCUCAGGACCCGAUAAAUAUUCAUCUCCAUUGAACUUUGUUGGUUAAAAGGAUUAAGGGGAAGGAAACUUUACACCAAAAACAGACGAGAGAAGAUGGACGGAGGAAGGACGGAUGGAUGGAUUCAAUGAGAGACAGACUUGAAUUGGCUUCAGCGUAUCACUCUGUAGCGUUGUCGGGAAAGCCUUGGCCAUCGGCCCAAAGCAGACCACUGAGGUCUCCCACAAACUGUCAGGACAUUUUACAUGGCUGGGUUGGGGUUUUCCUUACCCCAAUACAUGCCAUUCUCUCUCUGUCUCAGGCUGUGAUAAAUUGUCAUGUCAAACCCCAUGCCAAAAUAAUGCUGCCUUGCUUGUAGGCAAACGUGGUUCAAAAUCUUUUCUGAACCAUUAAGCUCCUCUGGUAGUUUCAAGCCACCAAGCAGCUCUUGUUACUUUAAAAUGUCAGCUCUUAAAAUUGAUUUGCAUGGCUCAUUACCACCCUCAGUGCUGUAUUUUGGUGGAGGAAAGCUGAAGAGACCACUUAUCGUUAUCAUUAUUAUUAUUUUCAUUAAAUAAGUGCCACUUGGGGAAUGAGUCUGCAAGCAAUACUAAAGAAAGCAGCUUGACAUGAGGAUCCUUGCUCUAAUUCAAUUUAUUCCAUCAAAUGUCCCAUUAUGGGAAGCCUUUUGAAUCAUAUUUGAUGUAGCCACUUACUGUAUAUAGAUGCGAUGCCUCUUGCCUGUAUUUGAAGGAGAAAUUAAGACUAUGAAAUGUUCUCUUUGCACUGGGUUAAAUAUUUUAACUGUAUAGAAGGAACACUACUUAUUGACAAUCAUAAUGCAUAAUUCUUAAUGUUUUUUGUAAGAAAAAGAAGGUGCUUUUGUUGUUAUUUGAGGAUUCUUGUUUUUCUGGAAGUGAUUUAUAGUCAAGGGUGAAAGAACUGGGGCAGUGAGCUUCUGCUGAUCUUGUUGCUCGACUCUUUUAUGGUGUAAUUUGUAAUUUCCCAUCAAAACAUAAGCAUGAGGUGAACAACACAGCUCGCAGGUCUUCGUGGAUCCUCCACUGCCAACAUGUUAGGACUUGUUCAACCAAUGACAUCAGCAAAAAAAGACCAAAUUGCUCACUGCACCAAUAAUUUUGGCCGUUUUGGCUGUUUGUAAAAUGUGAAUUUGUGAGUUUAUUUGUGGAGAAGAACAUGAAAAAUCAACAGUGGUAGCCAUUGUACACAUCCUGUUUCAUGUGUUUAUCUAGCAUCUAUCUUGCAGUAGUUUUGUAUACUGUGGUAGCAAUUCUAGAAGUCCCUCUUCAUGCAUUCAUGCCGCAUCUGUUGUGCAUUAGUACAACAGACAGUUCGGGGCUCGAACAUUAUUCUGUAAAACAAAUAAAGUAUUUUUUACAACACAACUCCGCUAUCAACCGACCAGUCACCAUGUAACCGCCGAUGGCUGAAAAGAGAGGAAAACUUAAUUUUUCCAAACAGUUCCUCUUGGGGACGGAGCCAAAGAGCAGCAGGAGUUCAACAAGCCUGCAGUAAAAUAGUGGGACUUCUGCAAUGGCUACAUCUGCAUUUGACAUUCUUUUCCGUUGACACCAAACGGAGUCUUGUUCCCAUUUUAAUUUACUGGGACACACAGAGAACAUCAGAGACACAGGCGUUUUAGUCCUGCAGUAACUCUGGGCUUUUGGUAAUAAUUAUCUUUGAAAAGAAAAAAAAAAAAAAACACUCAAGAUUUUGGGAUUAAAACAAAGGACAUUUUU